AUGUUCAAUGACAGCUGUGACCUCCCCCUGGACACAGACACUCUCGGGCUGACCUGUAUCUACAGCCUGAUCUUUUCUUUAGGUCUUCCUAGCAACUUGUUAUCACUCUGGGGACUGUACCACCUGGGUCGUUCAGGUGGGGGAGGUUGCCAGCUGGUCUACAUCCUCAACCUGCUCCUCUCAGACCUGCUCCAGCUGCUUACACUGCCGCUGUGGAUCCUUUAUCUCCGAGGCGGACACCGCUGGCCUUACGGACAGCUCACCUGUGAGCUUGUGGGUUACGUGUUUUAUGUGAACAUCUAUGCCAGUGUCAUGUUCCUGUGUCUGAUAGCAUUAGAUCGAUGCCUCGCCAUUGUGUACCCAUUGAGCAGCCGCAGGGUGCGGUCUGUCAGGGUGGCAGCGGUGUCUGGUGUGGCAGUUUGGACCCUCACCUUCCUGUUCUGCCUAUGUGGGCUACUACCGACAGUUUUUGAUCCUGACAGACUGCUGUGUCUGGAACAGUACCCUGUCAGCCCUUCUUAUGCUCGCUUCAAGAUCACUACAGUGGCCCUUGGGUUUCUGCUGCCCUGCACCAUACUAGGGUGAGUAAACCUGCUUGAUAUUACCAUUGGUGUAUGUUUAAUGGGAUAUUUCACUGUUUUGACAAAACUGUUGAAUUUUGUCAACACUAGUGUGAUAUCGGUGUAAUAUACUGAUCGGUACUGGCUUUUGAAAAACUGAUAUUGGUUGACCACCAGCUUAGUCUUAUUUAAUAUAGUGUGUUGUAAUAUGGUGGACUUAGCCCAUGGACCAUGGUUUGUGUCAUCAUGUAGUAAAAAUAACAAUGAGACCGAUGUUGAAGAUCACUUCAAGUCUGUAUUUCUGGUUUUCCAAUUUAACUCCAAAAUGUGGAAGAAAGUCACUCACAAACUACAGCUGGUUGGCGUUCGCUGCAGACUGAAGCCUUAUAUGAACUGCUGGUGUAUUUUGAUUCCAAAAGAUCCAGAUUUUCUGUUGUGACCAAGUCUCACUUGAGACAGCAAGUACUUUUCUCGGCUCAUAGUUUACACACCUGUACCACCAGGUUUCUUGGGCUUUCUCCUGCUUUCCAAUUCAGAGAGAAGUUUCUCUACUUUCUUAAUCAGUGACUUUCCCUCCGUAAACUUCAGUCCAUGAACUUCUGCACAAUAAUCGGCACUGACAGAAUUACUGAAUUUUGAGUUUGGUCGCUUUUCUGUCUCUUUGAAACCUGCUGACUAAAUAGCUGAUCAGUGCACUGCAUGCAGAGAGGCAUAUAUAUGUUACAUCCACAAUAUAGUUCACAAUCAAAUGGGCUUUACAUUCAAAGACUCAAAGCAUGCACUGAAAUCUGACCGUCUGCGAAAAGUCACUGAAAGACAACAGAUGACACACAUAUCCUAAAUUGAAAUCAGAUAAUUCACUGGAACCAUUUUGAGGCCUGUUUACAUGUAGCCUGAAUGAUCUGAUCACAGGUUUACAGGAAUGAAGGUAAAAGUGCACAAACACGGCUGUGACACAUCAAGGAUAUCUCCCAGUCCAUGAUUGGAGGCUGAUUUGUGUACUUUAAGUGUGUAUGCCUUUGUAGUCUGGGGUACACUGGAGGGCAAUUUAGUCUUCUAAAUAACCAGUUUAGUGACAGAGCACAGACCAGUUUCACUUCCUGAAUUAUGAGAAAAAACUAUUUUGGUAUGGUUAUGUUAUUAACAUUUAGUGAGGACAACACUCUCUGCUUAAAAAAUGAUUUACCAGCAGAUGGUAGUAGAGAGUGAAAAAUCACUUCAUUCAGCUGAUGGAGCUCAUCAUAGUAUUUGAUCAUUGAGGACUCAGCAAAAUAUACACGUAAGCAAAGAUUUGUUUCUUUCACCAACCAUUCCUAAGGUUCUUAAAACCGUCUCAGGCUGUUUUUGCCAAGAUUUCUCCAUUUCCCAAAAUUUUCUUAUAUAGGAAUUGUUUGCAAGACUCAAAAGCACUUUAAUGCACAGCUAAAGGCCAGUGUCUCAGUGAAAAAUUGCUAAACAUUGUGUCAGAUGAUCAGAUAUUAUGUUCCCUUAAUUUAGAACAUUUUUAUUAUAAAAAGACAUGUAGUUGAAGUUAACUUUUAUUUCAAUCAUGCAGUGUUUGGUUUAAACUGCAAAAUGCAAACACAGUGGUUAGAGUCAUUCAAAACCACCUGAUGAUAACUGUCAGUGCUGCUGAUAGUCUUGUUUCUCACUGUUGAUUUUACAGAUGGGAUGUAAAACCUGAACUCUGUUUGGAGAGACUGUUGCUAAAUAAUAUGCAGAUAGAUCAUCUCAUUACUAAUUCUUAAACAGAAGGUGACCAAUUACAUUUAUGAGUAAUUUUUUCACCAUCUGAUUUCAAUCUGUUUCAAGAUGGCCAGAUAAAAACUGCACAGUUUAAAUAACCCACAUGAAAGUAUGAAGCUCAUGUCAGGAACUUUGUGUCAAAUUUGGUGUCCUGUCUGAACAAGAUUGAUGCAAUAAAAUCUUGAAUGAUCGGGUCCUGGACAUGCAUAGUAGUAUUUUCUGAAUGAAUGAAUGAAUGAAUAAAUAAAUAAAUUCCCAUCUUGUCUUAAGUGUUUUUUUAAGGCCAUAUAAAGGCAUGGGUGGACCCUCUCGUUAAAGUGUAGGAUUCUGUGUCCACAAUUUUCAUUAGAAAGUAACAUUUGGAUUCAUUAAACGAUAGCACACUUUUCCACUCUGGUCGUCUUUUAUAGGCCCAGGCCUAAAGUUGCUUACAUUUCUGGAUCAUACAGUUCUGGUUUCCUCCUUGCAUGGUACAGUUUUAACCUGCAUUUGCAACAGAGAGGACAUACUGUUCUUACAUGUGCAUGCUUCAGUAGAUAAAAAUGUCCAUUUUGUGUUCAAUGCCUGAUUACUUCAUCCUCACUUUAUUUUUCCCUCCCUCAGAUACACCUCUGCCCACAUCGGGGUAACUCUCAGGCGAUCUCCGUCCCUCUCCGUCCAUGAACGUAACAAAAUCGUGGGCAUCCUUGUUGUCAUCACUGUCAACUUCAUGGUUGUAUUUGGACCUUACCACCUGGUGUGUGGAUACAGAUUUGUGUCCCUGCUGCUCACCGAUGAGCCAUGUGGAUUAGAGCGCUCCAUUUUUCUCAUCUAUCGCAUCUGCUACGGUCUGACCAGCCUCAACACCUUGCUGGAUCCUCUCUUCUACAUCUUUCUGUGUCCUGAUGCCCGGCUGGAGCUGCAAAAAUCUCUGCCUUGUUUGAGGAGGGGGCAAAACAAAAAGACAUCGCUUAGUACAAGAGCUCAGCCAGAAAACCAGAUAGAAGGUCAGAGUGGACAUAAUAACCCUCUCGCAAUGUAG